UCCGUCACGUCAUCAUCCUGCCUGAUUCUUGCCUCCUACCAGUCCUAUGGAAGCCGAGAACCACACGGGCACUGUAAAAUUCAUCCUUCUGGGACUUUCCGAAGACUCGGACCUGCAGCCUCUGCUGUUCGGCCUCUUCCUCUACAUGUACGUGGUCUGCAUCACGGGCAACCUGCUCAUCAUCGCGGCCAUCCUCUCGGACCCCCACCUGCACACGCCCAUGUACUUCUUCCUCUCCAACCUGUCCCUCACCGACAUCUGCUUCACCUCCACCACCGUCCCCAAGAUGCUGGCCAACCUGCAGACGCACGACAGGACCAUCAGCUACGAGGGCUGCCUGGCGCAGAUGUUCUUCUUCAUGAUCUUUGCGGGCCUGGAUGACCUGUUGCUGACCAUCAUGGCCUAUGACCGCUUCGUGGCCAUCUGCCACCCCCUGCACUACACGGUCAUCAUGAACCCCCGGCUCUGUGGCCUGCUACUGCUGGCCUCCUGGUUAUUCUGCCUGGCCUACUUUGUGUUCCAGAGCCUGCUGGCGCUCAGGCUGUCUUUCUGCAGAGACGUGGAAAUCCCGCACUUCUUCUGUGAGCUUGCCCAGCUCCUCAAGUUGGCCUGUAACGACACCUUCAUCAAUGACAUUGUGCAGUACUUCAUCACGGGCCUCAUGGGCGUCAUCCCCCUGAUUGGCAUCCUCUACUCUUACACGAAAAUCAUCUCCUCCAUCCUGGGCAUCGCCUCGGCCCAGGGCAAGUACAAGGCCUUCUCCACCUGUAGCUCCCACCUGGCCAUCAUCUCCCUGUUCUAUGGUGCUGGCCUGGGCGUCUACCUCACAUCUGGGACGGCCCACCCUUCCAGAAAGGGGUCGGUGGCCUCGGUGAUGUACACGGUGGUCACCCCCAUGCUGAACCCCUUCAUCUACAGCCUGAGGAACAGGGACAUUAAGGGGGCCCUGCGGAAACUCUUCUGCAGAAGGGCUGGUGCCCAGUGA